GAGGAGUGGGACAUAGCGGUCACACCGGGGGGCCAUACAGGUCCGGCGUGCUCAUAGCCAACUGGGUCGAGGACCAUGCCAUGUAUGUUGGCGCCCCAGCCGACACCAUCCUCACCCACACAGCGCCAUUCCGUGGGCCGCCAAGCACCACACAGCGUAACCACUACACUAGUGAGGGCAAAACUGGUGUGGAGUUGUUAGAGGGUUGCGAGCGGCACGACCUCUACCAGCUGGGCAUCAAGGGGGAGCUACUCACACGGCAUGGGCGUUUUGACCAGCCGCCGGUGCAAUGCCUCGGGACAACGUACCAAAUGACACAUGGACGUGUAGACGGCACCGACCGGCGAGUGCAGUCCUACCUCUGGCACGGGAACAAGCAGAACGACUUGUACGUGCCGCAUAGCACGAUGGGGCCGCAAUCCAUGGGCCUGACCACCCGCAAGCAGCAGGAGUGGGGCUCACAGGGCGUGCAGGACCCCUACCUCACAACGCAACGGGCAACGACGCUUCCACCAGCCAUCCACACCGCAGAGAACCCGG